GUGGGGUUUAUCUUCUAAUUUCCAGAAGGUGAUAAAUAUUACGAACCCGAAUUUUGGCAUACAUUAUCUUCGCAAGCAAAGUCAACAUAUCACCUCGAUCGAGAAUGGCUGACGGAGAUCAUACUGAGGAGCUAAGUCUGCCCAUUAAGCUUCGUGACUCUUCCACUUCUUUGAUUGUACCUGAUAAUCGACAGUUGGAGCCUGCCAGAGAGAUAGGAUACCAAGGGAAACCAGAGAGUGUGGAAGACCCUAACUUGAUUAGUUGGGAUGGCCCAGAUGAUGCAGCCAACCCGAUGAAUUGGAAAAGAUCUUUCAAAUGGCUGAUCACUAUGUCGCUCGGGUCUGUGACGUUUUGCGUCGCUAUCUCGAGCAGCAUCUUUAGCACUGGCACGAAAGAAGUGGCCGAGCUGUACCAUGUGUCGGUUGAGGUGGCUGUACUUGGUACGGCUCUCUUUAUUCUGUUGUGGGGAUUUUGUUUCGGUCCAUUACUAUGGGGUCCAAUUUCGGAGGCGUUAGGUCGGAAAAAACCUCUUUUCUUGGGACUUUUUGCAUUCUGCAUUUUUCAGAUUCCCGUUGCUGUCGCCCAAAAUCUUUACACGAUCCUCAUAUGCCGGUUCAUGGCUGGCUUUGCUUCAUCAUCGGCGCUUACAGUCGUUGGAGGAAUUCUUGGGGACAUCUGGGAUCCGGUAACCAGAGGAGUAGCAGUCUGCGUUUUUGCUGGUGCAGCUUUUAUAGGUCCUGUUGUGGGACCAAUUAUGGGUGGCUUCAUCACUAUGAGUUACAUCGGCUGGCGUUGGAACGCUUAUAUCACUCUCAUCAUCAGCCUUUUCCUUUGUGUCACUGGUUUCUUUAUAAUUCCAGAGACUUUUGGACCGGUAAUUCUCCAGGCCAAGGCACAUAAAAUUCGGUUGGAGACAAGAAACUGGGCCAUUCACUCUGCUUUCGACGCACAAGAGAUCAACAUGAAAUCAAUCAUACAGGUGUACUUGACGCGGCCGUACAUUAUGCUCACUCGAGAGCCGGUCUUACUGCUCCUCACAAUAUAUAUGAGUCUGAUUUACGGCAUCCUUUACUUAUUCUUCGAGGGGUAUCCUAUAUCGUUUCAACAACAUCGAGGAUGGAAUGCUCGCGUUGGCGCACUGCCAUUUAUCGGUCUCCUUGUCGGCAUCAUGAUCGGCGCAGGUGUUGUGAUCUAUUUAACCAAGACUCGAUUUGCACUGUCGAUUAAGACACACGGUCGAGUGAUUCCAGAGGAACGCUUACCUCCGAUGAUUCUUGGUGCUGCCGUCUUACCUGCGGGCUUGUUUUGGUUUGCUUGGACUUCGUCUCCGAACAUUACUUGGGUACCGCAGGUGCUAUCAGGGAUCCCUAUCGGCAUGGGUAUCUUCAUGAUAUUCCUUCAGGGAAUGAAUUAUAUCAUUGAUGUCUAUAUGCAAAAUGCGAACUCAGCGAUGGCUGCCAACGUUAUGCUACGCUCCAUCAGUGGAGCGGCGUUUCCUUUGUUCACUCAAGCCAUGUACGAUCGACUCGGUGUUAGUUGGGCGACCACUUUACUAGCUUUGCUAUGUGUCGCAAUGUUUCCGAUUCCUGUUCUUUUCUAUUAUUACGGACCGAGGCUUAGGAAGAUGUCUUCAUUCAGCCCAACAGAGUAAUACAAGGAAUGACAUGACCAAGGUCGCACUGGGGAACGGCUAUUUUUUUGAAGUCAAGCCACGCUUCUCCUGACGCAUGAAAGGAAGCAUCUCUAUCUGAUUUUUUGGGAGUGAAAAUGGGGAGCUUUGUGCUUGAUUGACAUUACAGAGACAGUCCCUGUCUUCCGAAUUUGGCGAUAGGUACAUGUCCUUACUCGGGAGAUGAAGAAUGUAU